AUGGCCACCACGACCCCGAGCCCCAGCGAUGGCCUCGACCCCUCCACUCCCCUGCCCGUCUUCCAGCCUCCCGUGCAGACGGCUUCGAGGAUCCCCGACAUCCUCCCGCACGAGCGCGUCUUCCCCAUCCAGAUCGGCACCGAGCUCUUCAAGCUCUCGGGCGCCUCCAUCUCCUCGGACGCGCCCUCGUACUUUUCCCAGUACUUUCUGUGCCGCAUCAGGGAGGCCGAGGAAGCCGGCGAGGACGUCAACACCGCCAUUCGCCCCCUGUACAUCGACCGCGAUCCCGUCACCUUUCGGGACAUCGCCCUCCACCUCCAAGGCUAUCACACGCAGCCGCGAAACGGUCAACACUUCGUGCGACUCUUUGCCGACGCCCAAUUCUACAGCCUCCCCCGCCUCUCGUCCCAGCUCUCCGCCGAGAGCGUCUUCGCCUCGGUCGGCAACCGCGAGUUCCAGAUACCGCGCGACCUCCUCUCGGCCUACCCCAACGCCCCCAACUACUUCUCCCUCGGCUUCGCCGCCUUCUUCUCCCGCCCCGACAACCUCUUCCCCGGCCUCGACCGUGACUCCCUCCUCCGCCCGCCCGCCAUCACGCCCCCCUCGGUCCCGAACCGGUCCCCCGAUACCUUCGCCGAGCUGCUGCACAUGCUUCGAGGCUACCCGCUCCGCGUACGCGACGAAGCGCACCGCCGGGAGCUCAUGCGCGACGCCCGCUACUUUCACUUCAAGGGUCUCGAGCAGCAGCUGGUGCCGCACUCCAUCACCUACAACCCGUUGCGCAGGCGCCAGGAGAUUGUCCUGCGGCUCGAGCAUAUCCAGAAGAGCGGCAUCAGCAUCCGCAAGGACGACGGCGCUCGAGACGCCGACCAGCCCGCCCCCAUGUGGGUCGACUACAUGCGCCCCUUUGUCGACGGCACCCCUUGCGAGCUCAUCGUCGAGAUCGGCGCCGAGGAGACGACGAUUCGCUGGCACGCCGACGGGCCCCGGGCCGAAUUCUACCGAGACACCCAAGUCCGUGUCGCCAAGCUGCUCCAGGUCAUGGCCACCAAGCUCAGCCUGCCGACGACGACGCUGCCUCUCGGCCUGCUCAUGGCCACGGGUGGCGCCGAUUCGGAGCCCGCCACGCCGGGGAGCACACCCCUGAGCGAGGACCGAGUCCGCGUCUCCUUCGGACCCGAGUCCGCCGUUCACCUGGACGGAAAGCCGGUGGACAUGGAGUCCCGCGUCGCCGCCGACGACGCCGCCACCGUCGCAGCCGUCGGCCCGCGCAAGCGGCCGCGCUCCGACGGCCACCUCGACGAGCCGUGGACCGUCAAGACGGCCCAGUGGCGGCUGUGCCUCCGAGCAAGCCCGGGGGGGAAGAGCGCCCUCCGCUGCGUCCUCGUCGCCGUCAAGGUCGAUGCCGUGACGUCCGAGCUUGGCCGGAACAGAGCCAGGGGGUUCCUCGUCGGCUGA